GAGUAUAAUGGGAUUGCAUUGAUGCUCAGAGAGAGCUAAUAUGAACAGCAAGUUUGACCGUAAUGAUGAUUUUGAUCAAUAUGCAAUUCCUCAGUAUGCAAGCGUUGGAGAGAAGAGCAUCAACCUCCAACUCUCAGAUCUUUCAGAAAAUGAGACAGCUGAUCAAUGAAACGGAGAUAUCGAGAAGCUUAAAAGAAUUCUCAACUCUACUAAUAUAGCACACAAUAAUGAUACUAUGGAAGCAAUGAGCGAACUUCAUAAUGAAUCUGCAAAGCUAAUAAAUAGAAAAAGUACAAGAAAGCAACAGAAGAGGACUAUCAGAAAACUUAACAGAGGAAGAAACAAUAGAGGUUUUGCUAAAUCCUAAUGCUAAAAUUAGUAAUAAUUUAUUAUUAAAG